CAGCAGAUAAGUGCCACCUCGGCAGGGUCCCGACACCAUGACGGGCCCAGCCCUGGGCAUGGCGGGCCAACUGGCCAAUGAAUCCAUCUCCGACUACAAGCUGCGGUUCUACGCCCAGCUCGCAUUGAUCGAGGCUGAAGAACAGCGGCAGCUGGCAGCCGAGACGGCCCGCCUACAGGCCGAAGCUGAGGCAGCAGCAGAGAAKCUGCGACUACAGACCGAAGCAGAUGCAGAUGCCCAGGCUCGCCGCAAGGAAGCCCAGGAUCUGUUGCAGCGGCAUGAAGCCAGCAGCAUCGAGCGACUCAAAUUCUGGCACUUUGAACCAAACGGCRACGAGGCAGAUCAGGAGGAACAACACAAGGAGUUCCUCUCCAAGCUCGUGACCCGGUUGUUGUAUGHGUGCAACUACCAACGGUCCGAGUUGGAGAAGCAGAACCUGGAACUACAGAACCUGCACCAGGCUCUGCAGACACAGCAACAAGAGAUGGUGACUCUCUGCCGCAUGGUGCAUGAUCACGACAGUGCUACACGGGCACUCAACGGCCGUGUCACGRACCUGGAGCAAUCUGCACCAGAUCCAGACGCAGUCGCGACCAGCAGUGCACCAUCAAACCACCAGCUGGAACAACGCAUGGACCACGUGGUGGCAAUGCUGGGUGACCUUACCACCUUCACAGCACCAGCCACCAUCAGCCAGCGGUUCGAGGAGCUGGAUGCCAAGCUCGAACAGCAACAGUAGCCAUCCGAGCACAGCAGCAGCUCGCCGAAGCCGUACAAGAUGCCAAAGUUCCAGAUUGAGAGAUUCGAUGACUACAUGCAUCAGAAUCCGGUAGUCUAGUGGCAAGGAUUCUCAACGGAGUUGGGGAUUCAUCAGAUCCCCAAGGACAUGUACAUCAGCGCUCUGUUCCUCAAUGUGAAAGKAGCAUGCCAGAUCU